GUAGAAAAAAUAUUCAGAAAAUCUGUGGAAUUUUGUAAUGACCAUGAAGUUUGGAAAUUGAAUGUCGCUCACGUUCUUUUCAUGCAAGAAAACAAAUACAAAGAAGCCAGCGGGUUCUAUGAGCCUAUUGUAAAGCAACAUUUCGGAAAUAUUCUUGGCGUCAGUGCAAUCAUCCUUGCGAACCUCUGUGUUACCUAUAUAAUGACAAGCCAAAAUGAAGACGCAGAGGAACUGAUGAGAAAAAUAGAAAAAGAAGAAGAAGCUGCUGCCUAUCAAGAGACUCCCCUGAUUGGCUGUGGUGCAAAGACAGCCGGCGGUAAACUAUUCCACCUCUGCAUAGUAAACCUAGUGAUUGGCACUCUCUAUUGUGCCAAGGGCAAUUAUGAUUUUGGGAUCAGCAGAGUUAUAAAGAGUUUGGAGCCAUACCAAAAGAAACUUGGGCUUGACACAUGGUAUUAUGCAAAGCGCUGCUUUCUGGCAUUGAUUGAGAACAUGGCAAAGCACCUGAUCCUGAUACGCGACGCAGUUCUGCUCGAAUGCAUUCACUUCCUAGAGCAUUGUGAACUUUACGGAAGAGAAGUCAAGGCCUUCAACGAGCAGCCACUGGAGGCGGUCAAAGCCCACCCUGGCCAGAACACAGUGACGUACGAAGCGAGAGUACUAAAAACUCUUCUUUUGGAAAUCAUGCAUUCAUAA